AUGGCUUCCGUCACCUCAAAAAACGCCUCCCCGCACGCUGGAUCCUCACCAUACGACUUCGAUUCUAAUGGCGACACCGAUGAAUCUUGGCAAUACAUUGAUUACUCGAGCGGUGCAUCUGUUACCGGGUCCAUCGGAUUUCUCCCCAGUCCUGCAAGUGGCAGCUUAAACGGCUUCGCCAUCGUCGGUCAUGUUUCCACGCCAUCCCAGGGCGGGCUUUCGCCAGGAUCCAUGGUAGAUAUGGAUCCUACAGUCUUCCUUCCGGCCAGCACCACAUAUCAGCAAGAGACCGAGUUUGUAACCGCGGACCUGUUCUCGAAUGGCGCUGAGCGGCCGCCUAGCAGUGCAGAUGCAAGCUUUUCGCAGGGCGAUGCUCCGUUCAUGACGCCGCAGCAGUAUCUCUUUAUGCCGUCUGGCACGGCAAACUUCCAGCCGCAAGAGCUCAACGAUCUUACCCCCUUUAUGAACGACUUCCCGGUCGACUCUUUCUCGGUGAUGAAUCAGACAAGUCCGGCGUCACAGUCGUUGCCUCAGCAAACCGUUCUUCAGUCACUGCCUUCAGAUGCCAGCAUGUCACCAUGGAACCAAACCAGUCCCAGUCUUUCUGCCGCCGAAAACAAGUUUGUGUUCGAGGAAAUGAUCUCUUCGCCGAGCCAACUGAGCACCGCCUCAUCCUCGAGUCCCAGGUCGCCUGCCAUCAAGUCUGAGGCGAGCAGCAAGUCCGGGAAGUCGAUACGCAAAGUAAUUGGCGGAAAAGUUGAGAAGAACAAGAGCGAUGCUUCCAGAAGCAAGUUUGUCAUUGUCACGCCAACAACGAUUAGUGCCCGUGCUGGCAAACCGAAUCCGUUUGAGUGCUUCGAGGCCAUGAGGACGACACAGAAAGGUCGCAAGGGGCCCCUGGCAAACGAGACAAAGGAGAGUGCGCUACAGGUUCGGAGGGUGGGCGCAUGCUUCUGCUGUCACAGCCGCAAGGUCAAGUGUGACAAAGAGAGGCCGUGCAAGCACUGCAAGAAGCUGAUGCUCCAGGUUCCGCAAGUGGUGUGCUGGCAGUUUCAAGACUUCUUGCCUGUCUUGUUCCCCGAGUUUAUUCGUGGGCACUUUAAGAAGGAUAUCAUGGCUAGUUUCAUCACGGAGAAUGUUGAGGGCUUCACAGUCAAUGGAGCAGAACAAUUCUGUAAUGUUGAGCUUUCUUCGGGCCCACGGUUCGCAACUACGUUGACACUUCAAGCCAAGUUUUUCACGGCCAAGACGUGUGACGUCCUACAACACUGGCAUUUGAGCAACGGCGAAGACCAUGUUGAUCUCCAAUCCCAGGGGUCGGCACCCAUUGGCAUCGAGGCCAAUAAGGGGCCACAAAAAGACGAAAUGAAGAAGCUGACCAAGGGUUAUAUCCAAGCCCUUGUGAACGAGCCGCUGCUCGCGGAUCAGUUGACCGAUUCUUUCAGGUCCACCAGGCUUCCUAACAAAAUUCUUUCCAUCGUACAAAACUUUGCAAAGAAGUCCGAUUCUACCAUGGUCAAACGGGCUCUUUCAAUCUAUACAAUGCACUACGUUAUGACCAGGCAUCUCUGCUUAACUCGCCAAUCCAUCCUCUCUCUCCAACCGACUGGCCUUGUGCCUCAGAACACUCCCUGGGUCACUCCCCGAGUGUUAGCCCGGCAAAUCAAGUCUCUCAUUGAUGAGCUCAUCUUGCGUGAUAUGCAGCAUCUCUUUGAACUCUUCUCCAAGUCACUUAAGCCGAAGCUUCGACGGGAAUGGGCACCGUGUCUUGCAUCAUUCCUCGUCCUUUGCCUCUUCAUGGAGGCUGUUGAAACCGCCGCAGAUAACUUCGUCGUAUCGCAGAACGAAAUCGACCUGAGGAACAAGUAUUCUCCCAAAUACAAGAGAUCACUAGCUCUGGAUACCUGCAAGGAACUGGAGAACAUGCCUUUCAAACAAUUUGCGUACCAGUUUCAUCAUCUUUAUCAAACACAUACAAAGGAUGCAAAUACGAGGAGCUUCAAUCCCUUGUUCGAUAAUAGCUUCGUCGAACAGGGCGAGAUUGACCCCGCAGCGGUGGAAAUGGUGCAGGCUUUGAGAGAGCUUUUCCACGGAGAAGACUGGCAAGACAUGCAGUUCCUUGCUGACGACGAGCUCCUAUUACAUAGAGAGGAGCAUCCCUACCCUAUGGAUACAUCGUUUCUUUAUACCGGGCGUUUGGUAGCCAAGUUUUUGUUAUCAUUUACGAACGAGAGCGUCAUUUUUGCAAGCAAGAUAUGA